AUGUCGCCCGGUGCUGCCGCAUUUUUCCUAACCGAGCCAGGCUUCUCGCAUAUUGUCCGCCACCCAGACUUCAUUGACGGCACCAUCCCUGACAUCCCUGAUUGCGCACAGCAGACCUGUACGGCCUAUUCCAGCGGUGCACCCUCGGCGACCACUACACCUGGCUCUACCAAGAAGCAGGCGGCCGAGUUUGUCGACCACUACGGCAGCGGCCUCGACCACACCUUCGCGCAGUUCACUGACAAGAAGGCCGGCGAGCAGGCGCCUAUUGGCGUCUACAGCUGCAACCGCGCCGAAUGGCACUUGACUGAGUUCUCGACGUACCGUGGCAACCGCUACUUUUACGUGCUGAACCAUGCCGAAAUCGAGAGCGUGUUCCCAGCCUUAAGGUGCUCGGUGUCGAUGGAUGCGCUCGACGGGCCGCCCAAGAACGUGAUCGCGUCGGAAACAUCAAAUGAGACAAUCAGUGCGCUGAAGGAGCGCGCCAAGGCGCUGGGUCACCAACAGACGCCCAUCCGCCAACGCCCACCAGACCUGUGCUCAAUCAGCUACACCAGCGGCACAUCGGGCAAUCCCAAGGGCGUGCUAAGCACCCAUGGGCAGUUCAUGAAGUCUGCCAAUGCCGUGCGCCUUGUCAUCACUUUGGUGCGCCCGCGCCUGGUGUCGUACUUUACCCUGUCAAAGUUUGGCUGCAUUGGGUACUACAGCGGCAAGGUGCCAAACUUCCUCGAGGACAUCCAGGCGCUCAAGCCGACGCUGUUUGCCGCUGUGCCGCGCCUGCUAAACCGCGUCUACGACAAGGUCUCAGGUGCAAUCGGCUCUGCCACAGGCAUCAAGGGGUUCUUGGCACGUACUGCUGUCAGCCACAAGCUGGCCUCAUUCGAGUCCAGCGGCUCCUACCGCCAUGCGCUCUGGGAUGCCCUGGUCUUCAACAAGGUCAGGGCUGUGCUCGGUGGGCGCAUUGAGACCCUGGUUGUAGGCUCGGCGCCGAUGGAUCUCGAAGCUAUCAAAUUCCUGCAGAUUGCCAUGUGCUGCGUCGUUAUCCAGGGAUUUGGGAUGACUGAGACCAACACCUGCGGCAUGAUUGAGACGGUCGAGGAGUCGGUUACCAACAGCGUGGGCCGCCCCAAGCCUGGUAUGUCAGUGCGCUUGCGCGACUGCCCUGAAAUGAACUACCAGUCGACCGAUAAACCGUGCCCGCGCGGCGAGCUGCUACUCAAGGGGGAUGCGAUAAUGACUGGAUACUACAAGAACGACGAGCUGACUAAGGAAUCAUUCAAGGACGGCUGGCUGUACACCGGCGACAUUGCCCAGAUCAAUCCGAACGGUACCAUUUCGAUCAUCGACCGCUGCAAGAAUAUCUUCAAGCUGCACUCGCUGGUGCAGCAGACAUUCGUCCACGGCGACUCCAACCGCUCUGCACUUGUAGCAAUUGUUGUGCCUGAUCCCGAGGCAUUCGUGCCGUGGGCCCGCGAGAUUGCAAAGGAUUCGUCGGCUGAGCUGGAGGCGCUGAGCUCAAACCCGCAGAAGCUGCAAGGGUUUGAGAUUAUUCGUGCCAUCCAUAUCGAGCCCACGCCUUUUGACAUUGACAAGAACCAGCUGCUGUCCAACACGCUCAAGCUGAAGCGGCACUUUGCUGCACAGUACUACCGGGAGACUAUUGACAAGCUGUACGACACCCUAAUGGCCAAACCCUUUAUCGUCCCCGACUCCCAGGAGCCAGGCUUCUCGUACGUGAUCCGCCAUCCAGACUACAUGGACGGAACGCUGUAUGGUUUGUUCCAGCGCUGCAUCAAGCACGAUCCGCACGGCAACUUUUUUGGAACACGCUUAUUUGACCCGGUUACUAGAAAGCUUGGGCAUUACCAGUGGAUGACCAAGUAUGAGGCUGGGCAAUUUGUCGACGAGUUUGGCAGCGGGAUGGACUGGCUGUUUGAAAAGUUCACCGACAAGAAGGCUGUCGACACCUACUUUGUGUCGCUAUAUGAUACGCUGGGCGCCGAUUCGGUCGAGUAUGUGCUCAACCAGACGCAGGUCGAGGUUCUGGUGUGCUCGAUUGACAAGAUCGGCAGCCUGCUGGACUUGAAGGCCCGGGUGCCGUCCCUGCAGGUCAUCAUAUCGAUGGACUCGCUUGAUGGCCCGCGCAAAAACAUAGUCUCUGCUGGGAUCUCCAAGGACUCCGUUGCUGAUGUGAAGAGCAGGGCAGAAUCACUCGGCAUCGCCCUAACGGAUAUUAUCGUCGUUCUCCAGCUGGACAUAUGCUCAAUCAGCUACACUUCUGGCACAUCCGGCCACCCCAAGGGUGUUGUCACCAAGCAUUGCCAGUUUAUGAAAUCAGUGAACGCUGUGCGCCUCAACAUCGACCUCGAAGCGCCGGUGCUGUUUUCGCUGAUACCGUUGGCUCACUGCUUCGAACGGCUUGUGUCGUAUUUUGUUAUUUCUCGGUAUGGAUCGAUUGGCUAUUUCAGCGGCAAGGUAGCGACGUUCCUGGACGAUAUACAGGCACUCAAGCCAACUGCCAUGGGGGCUGUGCCGCGUAUAUUGAACCGCAUCUACGAUAGCAUCUGGACAUCUAUAAACUCCACCAGUGGCGUCAAAAAGUUCCUAGCAAAGACCGCUGUCACACACAAGAUGGGCAUUUUUGAGUCCAAUGGCUCGUACAAACACACAGUCUGGGAUGUGCUAGUGUUUAACCGCGUCAAGGCUGUGCUCGGCGGUCGCAUGCGGGUAAUAGUUGUCGGCAGCGCACCGAUCGACGUCGACGCAGUAAAGUUUUUGCAGAUCGCCAUGUGCUGCACGGUCAUCCAGGGGUAUGCGAUGACAGAAACAAACACGUGCGGUGCAAUGGAGACGCCCGACGAAGCAGCCACCAACAGUGUCGGGCGACCAAAACCCGGCUUAUCGAUGCGCCUGCGCGACUGCCCCGAGCUCGGGUACCUGUCGACCGAUAAGCCAUGUCCGCGCGGCGAGCUACUAAUGAAAGGCGACUCAAUCAUGGCUGGAUAUUGCAAGAACGAUGCACUGACCGCUGAGACGAUCAAGGACGGAUGGCUGCACAGCGGCGACAUUGCGCAGUUCAACGCCAACGGCACAGUCACAAUAAUUGACCGCUCCAAGGACAUAUUUAAGCUUGCGCAGGGCGAGUAUGUCGCACCAGAGUACCUGCAGAUUAUAUACGAAAGACACCCGCUUGUACAGCAGAUAUUCAUCUACGGCGACCCGACCAGGUCAGCACUGGUCGCAAUUGUUGUCCCUGAUCCCGGCACGUUCACAAAGUGGGCUCGCUGGAUCGCCAGCGAUGACAACGCGGGUAUGCAUGGCUUGUGUGCGAAUGCCCAUGUCACUGCAGCGCUGCUCAAUUCACUAGAAGAGUUUGGGCGGGAAAGAAAGCUGCAGGGGUUCGAGCUCGUCCGCGCGCUAUACUGCGAGCUGACACCAUUUGACAUCACCAGCAACUGCCUGCUAUCGAGUACGUUCAAGAUCAAGCGCAACCUGGCUUUGUACAGCCAGCUUGAUGUUUCGCACAGCCAGCAUUGA